GGGCAGAGCGCGGCGGUGGCUACUCUCCACGGUACCCGGGGCUGGGCGCUGCCCGCAGCUCCACCUGCCUCGCGGUCGAGCCGAGAAGGGGUUAAAAGCCUGGGGCGGGUGAUGUCAGUUCCUGCACUCCUCGGGAGGGCUGGCUCUGAUAUCUGAGCGGGGCUCUCUCGCUCCGAGGAAAACGCAGAGGCAAUGGUCAAGUGCUGAACGGGACAGAAGCCGUGCCGGUCACCUGCCUGCCGCCCGGCGCCGCACAGCCCCGCUCCUCUCCGCCGGACCCGGGCGCCCGCGCCGGCCGAGGAUUUUUAGAGCACUUCAGACAACAUCCCAAGUGGAUGAUCAACUUUACAAUGGCAGAACUCAGAGUGGAGAACGGCAGCUGUAUGAACUGGCAAAAGCGAUGCCUUGCAUUGGAGUCCCAGCUCUUCAAAUUCCGCUUGCAGGCAAGCAAGAUCCGAGAGCUGUUAGCUGAGAAGAUGCAGGAAUUGGAACAGAGAGUGAUAGAAGCAGAGCAAAGAGCUGAGGACGCAGAGAAACAGGUCAGAGUUAUGGAAGAGAAGAUAAAACUAGCAAACGUGAAGACUGGUGAAUCAGACAGCACUCUGCAUAGGAAAUACCAAGAGCUGAUGGGCACAGUGCAAGGAAAGGAAGAUCUGAUUAACAGAUUGGAGAAACAGCUAGAAAAACAGAAACAGCUGAGGACUGAGGAAGCCAAAAUUGUUCAAGAGAAAGCUGCCAAGAUCAAAGAGUGGGUAACAUGUAAGCUGAGAGAGCUUGAGCUAGAAAACUACCACCUGAAAAACUGUAAUCAGAGGCUGACAGAGCAAAUUGAAGCCCUUCAGGAUACAUUGCAAGAUAUGACCAGCAUUCCUCCCUUUGAAUCUCUUUGGAGCUGUAAUUCUCUGAAGGCCAGAGCAUCACAACCCUCUCUUGCUGAGAUGACAGAGCAGAAAUCUGUGGUCCUUGCACCUGGUUUCAAACAGGCGUGCCAGACAGGAUCUACUAAACAUCUCCUCUCUACAGCAAACAGAGUCCUUGCCAAUGACACCUUUACUGAGAAUGGAGAGGCUAAAACUCUGCUUUCCCAGAGCACGCUGAAGCUCAUGUCUGACCGAUCAAGCUGGAAUCUCUCUGCAGAGAAAGAUGUAUUCCCAGCUGUAAGUUCUGAACGCAGGUUAGGGUGCUCUGAUCCCACAUCACUGGACCCUCCCACUGAGGCCACAAGAAUCCUUGAGGCUUUGACUUUCCAGUCAUCUUUAGAAGGAAACCAUAGCACUGUGAGCACCUUGCAACAAGUGGCUUUGGACAGCACCUGCUCCUCUGAUGAUCUGAGUGCCAGGUUCCGCUCCCAUCGGCUGGACUCAUCUUCAUCAGGAGAAGUAAUGAGCAUGCUUGAGGGCCACCUCCAAACUGCUGAGCCAUCCCUGGUUGUGUCGACAUCAGCUGUUACAGCACAUUCCUUCUGUCCAGGGAGGGAAUGUGGCCUUGGCAGUAGUAUGACGUUUCCAAAAAUACGAACUCCCAACAUACCAAGAGACAGUAUCCAGCUAGCCAAGAGACACUAUAGCCAACCACAGCCAGGGGCUAAUUCUUUCCAUUGUGUAAUGAGCUUAGAGGCUAGCACUUUCCAGCCCAUAACAAGCUCUCCAGUCUGCCAUGGGCAAGUGAAGGACACAGAUGUUGAUGAUGGGGUACUGGAGAAGAUGGAGACAGAACGUGGCCCGGUGAGGGAAGAAGCUGGAGCAUGUGAAGAAAUCAACCACUUAACUGCAGGUCAAAGUGAAGCUGUGAGUUCUGAGGCUGGCUUACUUGACCCAGGAGGUAAACCUCCAACGCCACCGCUGCACAGAUUCCCAUCGUGGGAGAGUCGAAUCUAUGCUGUGGCCAAGUCUGGCCUGAGGUUGUCUGAAGUGGCCAUGGUGAAUGAUACUUCCAGCUGCUUUUCCAAUUUUUCACGUUCAACUUCUGGGCCAUUUACCUGUCUCAUCUACAGAAAUGUCACAGUGCCAGUCUACACUACGUUGAAGGGGAAAGCCACACAGAUCAGCAACGUGCCUUUCUUAGAUGAGUCUUCAGGCUCCGAUGACGACUGUGGCUCCCAUGCUAGCUUCAGGACUUCUACUCCUGGAUCUGAGAACAGAAAAUCUAGCAUGCCAGGCAGCCCUCGUGCAGUGAAGAGAGGUGUAUCUAUGUCCUCACUGAGCUCGGAGAGUGACUACGCCAUCCCUCCUGAUGCCUGCUCCUUGGAUGGUGACUGUUCAGAGCCAGAACAUAAGCUACAGCGAACAUCUUCCUAUUCCACUGAUGGUGGAGUCUGCACUGAACCCAUGGAGAAAUCAGGUUACUUGCUGAAAAUGGGCAGCCAGGUGAAGAUGUGGAAGAGACGAUGGUUUGUUCUAAGAAACAGACAAAUCAUGUACUACAAGUCUCCGAGUGAUGUUACCCACAAACCACAAGGGCAGAUGGACCUGAAUUCCUCAUGCCAAAUUGUCAGAGGUGAAGGGUCCCAAACAUUCCAGCUGAUGACAGAAAAGAGAACCUACUUCCUGACAGCAGACUCUCCCAACAUCCUGGAGGAAUGGAUUAAUGUCCUACAGAGUAUCCUGAGAGUGCAGGUGACCAGUCCUGUUGGUGUUCCUCAUAGUGACGCUAAACCUACUGUGAAAGGUUGGCUCACUAAGGUCAAGCAUGGUCACUCUAAGCUGGUCUGGUGUGCACUGAUUGGAAAAACUUUCUACUACUACCGAAAUCAUGAAGAUAAGUGUCCCCUAGGGCAUCUGCCAAUGUGUGAGUCCAAAGUGGAAGAAGUAGACCGUUCCUGUGACUCUGAUGAAGAUUAUGAAGCCACUGGUGGAGGACUUCUCUCAUCCCACUGUACAUUGGUGAUUCACCCACAGGACCAGAGUCCCACAUACUUACUCAUUCGCACCAAACAGGAGAAGAAUACUUGGCUGUACCAUCUGACUGUGGCAGCUGGUAGCAGUAAUGCCGCAGUGGGCACAUCAUAUGAACAGCUCAUUGGAAAACUAUUGGAUGCAGAGGGAGACCCCAAUUCUCCUCUGUGGAAACAUCCUAUGUUGUGCUACAGUAAAGAUGGGUUGCACACAUCCCUCACCACUCUGCCAUCUGAGGCUCUACAGACUGAAGCUGUGAAACUUUUUAAGUCCUGUCAGCUGUUCAUCAAUGUCCCUGUGGAGGCAGCCUCUAUUGAUUACCACGUGUCACUUGCCCAGACAGCACUGCAGGUCUGCUUGACGCACACUGAGCUGCAGAAUGAAAUUUACUGUCAGCUUGUUAAACAGACCAGCUGCCGACAGCCCCAGAACCACUCAAUCAUUCAGUGCUGGCAACUCCUGGCUUUGUGCGCUCCCUUGUUCCUGCCUCAACAUCACUUCCUCUGGUACAUCAAACAGCACUUGCAGCGUCAUGCAGACCCCAGGAGCGAAAUAGGCAAGUAUGCCAUCUACUGCCAGAGAUCAGUAGACCGCGCUGUGCAGACUGGUGAACGGGAAGCCAAGCCCUCCCGGAUGGAGAUUGUAUCCAUCCUGCUGAGAAAUCCCUACCACCACUCACUACCCUUCAGCAUCCCAGUGCACUUCAUGAAUGGAACCUACCAGGUUGUAGGUUUUGAUGGUUCCUCAACAGUUGAUGAAGUCAUCCAGCGACUGAACCAGGAGACAGGAAUGAGAAAGCCAUCCCACAUGGGAUUUUCUCUGUUCACAGAUGAUCCUUCUGGGAGGAAUUUGGAACACUGUCUGCAGGGCAACAUGAAGAUCUGUGAUGUCAUUUCUAAAUGGGAACAAGCCUUAAAAGAAUUGCAUCCUGGGAAAUAUGAAGGUGGCACAAGAAUUGUGAAGUUGACCUAUAAGAACAGGCUGUAUUUUCGGAGUCAGUCCAAAGGUGAGACAGACCGGGAGCGGUUGCUACUGGCCUUCCAAGUCAGCAAUGAAAUAGCCAAUGGAAGGUUUCUUGUUAAUAAGGAAUUAGCUCUGGAAAUGGUGGCUCUGAUGGCUCAGGUGGAAUAUGGAGAUUUGGAUCAACCCGGAUCUUCAAGUCCUGGGGGAACAUCACAAUCAAAAAUGCAACAUCUUCUCCACCAUGUCUUAGAUAAAUUCUACCCCAAAUGCUACAAGCAAAACAUUACUCCUGAACAGCUCAGGCAACUGGCUGACAGGCUGGCGGCGAAGUGGAUGGUGCUGCAGGGAUGCUCUCCACCAGAAUGCGUUCGAAUUUAUUUGACAGUGGCCCGGAAAUGGCCUCUCUUUGGAACCAGAAUAUUUGCUGCUAAGCCUAUUUUGCCUUCCUCAUUGGAAGACUGUCCAGUGUGGAUAGCUGUGAAUGAAGAUGGUGUCAGCAUUCUGGAUUAUAACACUAUGCACUUGAAGGUCUCUUAUUCAUACUCCUCUGUGCUGACCUUUGGAGGCUGUCGAGAUGACUUCAUGAUUGUAGUCAGUCAAAUGAAAGAAAGGAGUUCUGGAAAAAACAGCACGGAAAAACUCCUUUUCACAAUGGCAAUUCCAAAGGUUGUUGAAGCAACACUUCUUAUUGCCAGCUAUAUUAACUACCGUUCCACACCUUCCCUCCUAUCUUCUACACAGCCCUCCCGAAGCAAAACACCUGCUAACAAGCUCUGGGAGACUGAAAGUCAGUGCUUUAUUCCUUCCUUGCCCCAAAGUGCUAAGGCGCCCACCCUGCUCUGAGAGCUCAUUCCAAAGGACUUCAGGCAUUUGGGUUUUUUUUUUUAAUUUAGUUGGGGUUUUGGUGUUUUGUUUUGGUGGUGGGUUUUUUUGUUGGUUUUUUUGUACUGCUCUGUACUGAAUUGCAGAGCACUAUGAUUUUGCUGGUUACACACCUUACUUUAAUGUGGGCUCUGAUUCUUUUUCCAUAAUAUUAGACAAAGUUCCUUAGCAUGGGUAGAGCCAGUGUCCUUUUUCUUAAAAUGUUGAUUCUGGGGACACUGCAGGAGUUUCCUUUCCAUGCCACACUCCAUCCAAAAUACCAUGCCUCAGGUCACUUGCCUGCACAGUGCUCCAGUCACAUUACAUCUGCUCUCUUUCCUGGCACCCAUUAUUAUUCCAUCUCCUUAUCUUACUGAUUUGCUUACAAGCACAUACAUUUUCUUUGAUCCCUCCCACUUUCAGGUUUGCACCUUCCUUUAGAUCACCGCACACCCUGUGUCUGGAAUCUCAAUCUAGCUCUUAAAACUCCUAGUGACCUCUUUUCGUCAUCAUAGCCCCUUUCAGUUACUACCAUUAUUUCUAAUAAUCUCUUCACAUCAAUCCCCAAGUUGCUCACUUUUUACCUGCAUGAGGCUGCAACCUCUGCGAGGCAGAUUUGAGUGCAGAUUUGAAUCUGACUGCAGCAGGCUAAGCACACAGUCCUCCUAAAAGUAAAUACAGGUGGUAGUGGAUACUGUGGCAUGUGGCAUGAACCCUGUACAAGGAUGCAUCCUGUUGAAUACUGCCUCUGUUAGGAGCUGCAUCAGAAACUAGAUCUACACUGAAAAGGCUAUUACCAGAGUGUAAAGGUUAACAUGACAGUCUGAUCAGGUAGUUUAGGCAUAACUUCAGCUUUAUGCUUUGGUUGUGAAUAGCUAUUAUAGUAAAGUUUUUACCAUUCAAUGUUGCCACUUCCAAAACAACUAUUAAGAUAGUCUUUUUGCAGAGACUAUUACAGUUUUUAUGCAACUGCUUAACGCAACCAAGAGGACAGUUUAAUUUUCCUUAGAGCUAUAACAACUCCUCCCUGAAACCGAUGGUAAAAGUGAAAGUCAGAAACUUUCCACAUCCUUGCUCCAGACAUGAAAGAAAGACGACACUGUUGAGAAGGAAGAGGAACUAAACUGAGAAUAAUGCUGUAACUUCAGAACUGAAAUAGGGAGUACAGAGCAAGAGUCCAGUGGUACUGAAGAAUGUUUUCAACUUUAAAUAAAGGUGGAAACCUCGUGUCUUGCCUUUUGAGGACUCAGAAUGACUGGGACUGGAACAGUGUCAGAUGAUGCCCUAGAGCCUUAGGACUGACAUGUUUGGGAAUCGACGCUCUUCUACAUAACAGAUGAACAAUUAGAUCUCUGGUGCAAGGCUGAAUGUGUCAAAUGUUCCACCAUCAGACAAGCAUUUUCAAGGACUCUGUUAAUGACUGUUGUAGAUGUUUUGGGAUGUGUUUGAAACUGCACAUCCUCUCAGACAAAGGAAGACAAUGCAAGCAAGUUUUGUACUUUUUCUGUCUUUCAGCAAAUAGAACAGAUCUUCCCAACCCAGCUCUGCCACUCCGACUUGACAGAAGCUGCUCUUUUCAAACUCCUGCUUCCUUCAUGCUACCACAGCAAGGAGGAGGUAGUCAGCAAAUGUGUACUUAAAGUAUUGUUCUUCUGACUUUCCUAAAGAAUGGGGUUUUUUUGAUCUGUUUCAAAGGAACCUCGUUAUAAUUGAGAAGGUUAAGAGAUUUUAAACAAGAAAAAUAGCAAUUCUUCUUGAAAAAUCUAAAUCUACCUUGCUUUUGAGUUCAGCUAUUUUGAUAAGUGUUCUAAAAAAGCUGAGGAAGAAUAACUGUAUUUGCCUAAGUACCAUAUGCAACUUCAUAAUAAUUAUGCAUUCAUGGGCACCUUUCCCAAGUUAAAACGGUGUGAAUCCAACCAUUAGAAAGAAUUCAGCAAUAGUAAACCAAAGCUAUUUGCCAAUGAACAAACCAACCAUACCACUGGUUUUAUUCCCUAGUACCUGCCACCAACCUUGAAACAUCCAACUAAUGCACACAGUGGAGCUGAUACUUCAAUAAGUUUUUGUUUCAUGCUUAUGGUGGGUGCGAAGACACAAAUUAAAAGAGCAUGGGACAGACAAAAAUCAUUUCAAGCAAUCCCUGAUCAGCAUCUUUGUAACAUUAAAAACCAACAAACAAAAAAAACCAAACACCCAAACCACCCCAUGGAGGGUUGUGGAGACAAUAUGGCAGGCAUAAGAGAGGAAAACAUUGUAUGAAUGGAGACCUGACUUGCACAUACUAUAAUGUGCCCCCUUGUUACGAAUUUAAGGACUGUCCCUUGAAGUUACAGAAAAGGGUAGAAGCUUUCUGAGCCAAAACCAAUUCUGAGACAGUAUUUAGUCUUUUUUUUUUUUUCCUUAGAUACUUUUAAGUGACUAUAUGUCCUGGAGUGGUCAACAGUAUGUAUUUCCCGCCUCCCUCUCUCAAACACACAGAGAGUGAUCUCAGUGUAGCUACAGUAGUUUGAAUACAGAGAGCAUUAUUCCUCCUCACUCCAUCACCUGUGCCUAGCAAUUCCUCUAUCUGAAGGUCUGUCUGGCAGCCUGCUUCUUGUAUCCCACCUGUAACAAAGCUGCUUCAGGGUAAGCUGAACCAUCAUCGGAGCUGGGGAUGCUCAAGGCAUAAAAGUCUCCACAGUUCAGAGGCUGUACUUACCUUACAGUGCUAACAUUCAUGUCCUCCAGACUUGUACCAGGGCAAACAGGAAGCAGAGAAGUUGAAUAAGCAAGAGCUGUCCUGAAGCUCAUUGUUUUCUGCCAUUACUGCACUUUAAAUGGCAAAGCACGGCAUAUAGAACUUUUUUUCCUCUUCCUUAUUUCUUAAAAAUAUUCACCAAUACUUGAGUACUUUAGGGACCACCCCACUGAUGGAUGCACAUAUACCUCCUAUUUAUAGCUUACCUGACUUCAACCAACCAACCCUGUGUAGAUACCUAUUUUGUGUGAUUCUUUGCUAGAGAAAAGAAUUUUUAUUUUAACCAAUGCUUUUGGCAAUGACUAUUGCUGCAGCAUAGAACGAGAUGACAAAAGCCAUUGUUUUCUUAACUGCUGUGUGUAUGCAAAAGGCUGUCUGGGAGACACUGUGAGAUUUCUGUUUGUUCUUAAUAAAAUGCAGUUAUCAUGAAUUAAACUGUGUUAUUCUCAGAAUGAAAGAAACUAUUUUAAAAGCCAAAACAGUCUCUAUGUAAACAAAAACGGACAAAGAUUGUGUUUGGUAUCCAGGCACACACCUGGUGCAAAUGUGCCCUAGUCUGAUUCCUUGUUUCUCUCUGCUGAUCUUCUCUCAGCUUUAGCGGAUAACCAAAGCGCACUCCCAUGGGCAUGAGAUGUUCACUCCUUCAAAAGAUGGCUAAAACAAUCUUCCAGGCUUCCUCCUGUGAUACAGCUACUUGGUUGUUUCUUCAGUGCACAUUCUCAGGACUUCAUGGAAUUUUUACAGCACAGUCAAUGUUCCCAGCACGCUCUUAAGCCAAAGACUCUGUCCACUCUGCUGAGAGAUAAUUUAUUUUCUAGCACGUUCUCCCCACGGUUCAGCAAAUCUUACUGCUGCUAUAGUGCUCCUCAGGGGCCUUGACCAUUUCUCCUCCCCAUGAAGAAACACAACCUGGCCAAACCACGCCCCAAGCCGUACGCAACUUGAGUAUACCACAUGGUUCUUAGCCAAAGGACCUCCACUGUAGUCCUUCACAUAGUCAUGCUCCCGGGGCCUGCCCCAACACACACCCUUCCCACUUCUACCUGGACUUGCUGCCAAACACUGUCUGCAUCAGGGUGCAGCUUCACUAACUUCAGAGAGACCUACCAACUUAUAUUAAGGCAGCACUGGAAUUAAAAAUCUGACCAACCCCAAUGUUUGAAGCAUUUAUGAGAAAUAAAACCAUAAAAAAUGAAGUAACCUAGACAACAUUACCCCAAAGCCAGUGGCACAUCCCCAAGCUGCUGCCUUUCACUUGGACAACCAGAAUACUUCCUAUGACAUGAGCUGACCUGUGUCUUUCAAACUUCAUGGCACUGUGAAAAAAAACCCAAAUCACUUUUAUCUCUACCAUAUUGCAUGAUGGUAUGUCACCAUGUGUUUUAAAUACAGAUUAUGUAGACAAGCAUAGUACAGCACUGUAUGCAAAUUAAGCGUGAUGCCUAGGCUCCUGCCAACUUGCUGGUUUAGCUCUUGUUCUGAUACUUCAGUUGUCUCAGUUGCAUUACUAAGGAAUCAUGGAAAAAAGAGAAAAAUACCCGUUAAAGGUUACAGUAACUUUUAGCUCAACAACAAAGAAGAAUUUCCCAACCUUAAGUUACGCCCAAGAGCACAAAUCAAUAAAACUUUAUUUGCAUAGUCAUUACCAUAAUUUUCAACAACACAUUUUCCUCAUAUUCUCAGAGCAACUGAGGUGGCCCUUUUAAUGCCGCAUCUUUUCCAUGUCCUGUGUCACCAUGCCCCUGCCCCAUUCAGCAAUGGGUCCACACUUUCCCUGUCUCCCUUUUGCCACUUACGUACUUACAGAAGUCCUUCUUGUUGCCUUUGACAUCCCUCGACAGAUUCAACUCCAGGUGGUCUUUGGCUUUCCUAACCGCAUCUCAGACAGUGUUGCUGUACUUCUCCCAGGUUACCUAUCCCUGCUCCAACCUCCUGUAUGCUUCCUUCUUCUGUUUGAGUUUUGCCAGGAGCAACUUGUUCAUCCACGCAGGCUUCCUGGUAUUUUUGCUUGACUUCCUGCUCAUUGGGACAGACAGUUCUUGAGUGUGGAGGAGAUGAUUCUUGACUAUCAAUCCACUUUCUUGGACACCUCUUCCCUCUAGGGCCCCAUCCCAUGGGACUCUUUCAAGCAAAUCCCUGAAGAGGUCAAAGUCUGCUCUCCUAUGUUUAUUUCAUUAAACAUAACUGAAUGCAACUGUA